GGAUUUUUUCACAGUGGUUUUUGAAUGAAAUUUCUGUGAAAGUAAGUUUUGUUUUUCUCUAGUUUUUCCCCAGUUUCCUUGGGAUUUUCCACCUGUUUUCUGUUCUCAAGAAAAUUUAAUAAACCUUAAAGGCUUUUUGCUUAAGAAUUCGGAUAAAAAUUGUUUAAUUUGUGGUUAAAAUUGAAGGAAACUUCCCAUUGAAGAUUGUUAGGUUAUGUGAUGUAAUCAAAAUAGUGUGAAAAUUUUGGUUUUUCUCGGGUUUUCCGCAUAGAAAAUGGCAGGGGUACUGCGAAUGAGUGUUGUGCGCUUCCUCCCAGGAGCAGUGAAACCAGCUGCGGUGCCUUGCGUGCAGCAGAAGUGCAAUAUUUCCGGGAGGUCCAUGAGAGGGAAUCAGAAGAUCGUGAAACCACCUCCUUAUCUUUAUCAAACCAAGAAAUACGGCUUCUUGCAGGCAAUUUUUGACCAUACCAGGAAGAGAUUCGAUGAGAAUACCAAGAUUAUCGUGGUCGAUGGGCCACUUGCUGCCGGAAAAAGCAAGUUUGCCAAGGAAUUGGCUGAGGAAUUGGAGAUGCACUACAUCCCAGAAGCCAAUAUAAAUGCAUUGCUGAUAAAUUCUUACGGAUACGACCUCCGGAAGAUCGAUGAUAAGCUUCCGGACAGUGUGAAAUCCUUCGAUGAGAAGAAAUUCUGUCAGGAUCCGAAGAAUCCCAAUGCCGCAGCUUAUCAGAUUGAGAUGUACGCCAUACGUUUCUGGCAGUACGUCGAUGCCCUCAAUCAUCUGUUCAACACCGGGCAGGGAGUUGUCCUGGACAGAUGCUGCUACUCAGACAUGGUCUUCAUGGAAGCCAUGGCAAAGAAUGGAUACGUGUCCAAAGGGGCUCGUUCUGUCUACUACGAAGUCCGGAAGAACACCAUUGAGGAGCUCCUGAAGCCCCAUCUGGUUGUCUAUCUGGACGUCUCAGUAGAACAGACCAAGAAGAACAUCCAGGCCCGGAAUCUACCCUACGAAAUCAACUCGCCAGCGCUGACGGAUCAGUAUCUGAAGGACAUUGAGGCUUUCUACAAGCAGCUCUACCUCAAGGACAUCAGCACUCAUGCUGAGCUCCUGGUGUACGACUGGAACGAGGGCGGGGAGACGGAGGUCGUGGCUGAGGAUAUUGAGCGCAUCGACUUCGAUAGAUUCGACAAACACGAUCCCAAGAUGAAGGAUUGGAGGCAUCCGCUGGAAUGGGAUUGGAAUAAUCUGAGGAUGAAGUACAGUGUGCAGCAGCACAUCCUAGAGGCACUCUUCAAUGUCCCCAGGACCGAUGUUCCCGAGCUCCUGGUCAAUGCUGAAGAUUCCAAGCAAUUGCUGGAUGUUCUCGAGACGACGCCAGGAAUGAGCUACUCCAAGGGUUACAAUCCGGACCAGGGCGAUAAGGUGCUGUGGAAGCUGUAAGAUUCUCCGGAAAGAUUGUAGGAAAGGAAAACACAAAUAAAUUAUCUAAAUAAA